UGGGAAUCUUGAUGAAAUAAUAACAGGAAGGAAAAACUCCCAGCUUGGACUGGGAGGCUUCCUGGUUCCCAGACUGGGAGUCUGGGUCAAACUGGGAUCUGAAUGUGAGGAAUGUGGAGGCAGAAGUUCCGGUAAGGACCGGCCGGUACCGAUCCAAUCAAUAAUCAGAUACCUUUCAGCUCAUUUGGAUCAGAAAGUUCUAGCCGGUCUGUGUUCGGUUCAACCGGUCUGGGUUCGGUUCGGGCUGUGGGCGGGGCCAGCAGCCCCCUCAGCUCUCAGUCCAGAUCAGAUCUCGGAGUGCCAUGACGUCCCGCCGCCUCUCCCUGCUUCUGCUGCCGCUGCUGGUUCCGGUUCUGCGGGCCGGGCCGGGCUGCGCUCCGUGUGACCCUGCGGGAUGCGCUCCUCUCCCGGCUGCGGGAUGCCCCGCCGGCUCGCUGCGGGACUCCUGCGGUUGCUGCGCGGUGUGCGCCGCGUCGGAGGGCGAGGCGUGCGGCGGAGCGCGCCGCUGCGGCUUCGGGUUGGAGUGCGUCAGGAGCGGCGACGACAAGCGGAGCAAAACCGGCGUGUGCGCGUGCAAGACCAACUACCAGGUGUGCGGAUCCGACGGAACCACGUACAGGAGCGGCUGCGCCCUGAGGAGCGCCAGCAUGGCGGCGGCGCGGGGCGGCAGGGAGCCAAUCAGCGUCCAGAACAAAGGCCGCUGCGCCGCAGUUCCUGUUGGUCGUGACCCGGUCCCUGUUGGUCCUGACCCGGUCCCUGUUGGUCCUGACCUGGUCCCUCAGAUCUCCCCGCUGACUGAAGAAGAAGAAGGAUCCUACGAGUGUCACGCCUCCAACUCCAGAGGCGAAGCGUCGGCCAUCGGAGCCGUCCACCUGGUCCGGUCCGUCGAUGACAUCAUCCUCAAAUGAGGGAUGACGGACGAGCCGAUGUGAUCACACAACCGACUUCAUCAACUUCAGACUUUUCUGUUUCUUUCUCAUUUAUUUUAACCUUUGAACUCAUUAGAAAUGUAACUCUUGUUUAAACUUUGAAUUAUUUAUUAUAGUUUUCUUUCCUUCUCUUACCUUUAUUUUGAAGGGCAGGUUUACCAGAACUCAGCCACAGGUUAUUUCUCCUUACAUGAGUUUUAUGUUCUGUAUUCGGACCUUUGGGUCGUUCAGAACCUUCCUGAUCAAAAUCGGUUCUUCUGAGUAAAAUCAAAAUGCGAUUUUCCAUCCUGCUGAUUUUCUCUUAAGAUCUGUUUUUUUAUAAAAGUGAAUAAACCAGAUUAUAACCAAACUCAUGAUUCUGUUCAUAUUGAGCUCAAACACCAAACCGGACCGAUGAACCUUCAGAGCCACACAGAACCUGAAACCAAUCAGAACCUGCUGACCAGGCCAGAGGUCCUAAACAAAUCCCCCAGAGACAGUCCAGAGACCGACCAGAGACUGACCAGAGACCGACCAGAGACCCAAGGCAGCCGAUCCGUCCAGCUGUUCUCUACCAACCGGGCUUGCAGCCUCCCAACAUGAUGACCUGAACUGGAGACCAUCUGAAGGCAGCGACAUAACCUGAGUGUUUAGCCUGGAUUCUGUCUAAAGCUAAUAAUGAAGAAUUAGCAGCAGAUUUAUAAACAUCCACAGUCCAAAUUUAAACAUCUCUUUUUUUCCCCUCAGAGGCUUUUUGUAGCUCUACCGUCCCUGAGACGACAGCAGGGUGAGGAGGGGGAAGACGUGGCAAACAUGGUCAGGAAUCAAACCUGCGACGGCCGCGUCGCAACCUCCAAACGCCAACAUCAUAAUUCUCUUCAAAGAAGUCCUUGAUGCCCCAAUCAUUCUCUGACAAACAUCUCAAAAUAUUAAUACUUUUUCACAUUUAUCAAUAAAUAAAUGGAC